AUGUCGGAGAAAGCGCCACUUAUCCCAGUUGCCACACCGGCCGAACGAUCUCCGCGCGUGCAGCGCUGCACCAAGACGCGUGCGAUUGGAAGGCUACUCACGACAGCUGCUGCGGCUGGACUCAUCUACUAUGGUAUGCCAUAUGCUGGCGAACCUGUCCUUGAGAAGAAGUCUGAGCUAUGUGUGACUCCCGCGUGCGUGCACGCUGCAUCGGAGCUAUUGUACAACAUGUCGCCCGAUUACAAAGAAAUUGAUCCUUGUGACGAUUUUGAGGAGCUGGUCUGUGGUGGUUGGCGAGAGCGCCACGAUCUACGAGCCGACCAGGGCUCCGCGUUCACGGGCACCCUCAUUCCAAUGCAAUUGAUGGCCGUCGAAAAGUCCAUAGAUGAGAAGAAUUUCGACAAGAUGAAGACUGCAUACGAGGCCUGUCUUGAUGAAAAUCAUAUCAAAGAUGUUGGUCUCAAACCGCUCAAUCAGGUCUUAGAAGAGAUCAAGAAGGCGUACCCAACUGUCGCGUCUGGAACAUCCAACGAGCAUGACUUGAAGGAGCCCAUACUUUUACUUGCCAAAUACGGUAUUACAAGCCUGGUGAGCACUGACACUGGACCUGAUGACACGAAUCCCGAUAGCGUCGUGGUUUCAAUCAGUGCACCAUACAGCUUUGGCCUUCCAUCUCAGGAACGAUACAAAGAUGACAAGUUGGUGGAGAAGUAUCGCGAUGUGGCCGUAGAAGUUCUCGCCGCUCUGUACCCUGAACAAGGCAAGGAUUCAUUUGCCAAGGUCGUUGACCUCGAGAAACAGCUCGCCGCAGCCGCCCCAGCUUCAGAAGACAGAGACGACGUGGUGAAAUACUACAAUCCAAUGAAGCUUGACAAAGCUGCAGCUAUCGCGCCAGAAAUCGAACUUCGAGCGCUUAUCGAAGGUCUUGCGCAAUCGGACUCCAAGGUUGAACGCGUCAUUGUUAUGGCACCAGAUUACCUCAAGCAACUGUCCAGCAUCCUUGCUGCCACUGAUAGGGAGGUUAUGCAAGGCUACUUCUUGUGGAAGGCUGUUCAAUCUUUGUCGUCCUUGGGCUGGAUUUUAAGCCGCUUUUUUGUUGAGAAGGCUUUCUCAGCUGAGGCGAAGACGUUUGGAGACACAAUCGUCACCGACAUCAAGACGGAAUUCAUUAAGAAGCUCAAGGCCGUUGAUUGGAUGGAUAAAGAGACCACCAAGAAAGCGAUCGAAAAGGUUCACAACAUCGUCCAGAAGAUCGGCUACCCCACAAAGAGCCCCGACAUCAUGAACCCACCGGCGCUCCGCGAUUUUUACGAGGCGGUAAACAUUACAUCUGAUUUCUUUCAGAAUCAUCUAUCCGUGAAUCGCUUCGGGGUAGAGUUUGUGUGGUCACAGUUAGGCAAACCAGUUGAUCGUGACGAAUGGGGCAUGACGGUGCCUACGGUCAAUGCCUACUACAAUCCACCUGGACAGGAGAUCGUAUUUCCAGCCGUAAAUAUGGCAUCGCUGACUUCUGAUUCGCAGGGCAUCAUGCAAAGACCAGUGUUCGAUGUCGAAUUGCCUGCAUACAUGUCUUACGGUGCUUUCGGAUCUGUAGCUGGACACGAGCUGAGCCACGCUUUCGAUUCAACAGGCCGGCAUUACGAUAUGAUUGGAAACUUCACCGACUGGUGGUCAAACUCAACCGUCGAUGCCUUUAAGGAGAAAGCUGAGUGCUUCGUUAACCAGUAUCACAAUUUUACUGUUCCUGGGCCAGACGACAAACCUCUCCAUGUUAACGGUCGACUCACCCUAGGCGAGAAUAUCGCAGAUGCUGGAGGGCUAUCUGCCUCAUUCCAAGCGUGGAAGCGCCGCGCAGCCAAGAAACCAAACCAGGACCUACCAGGCCUUGACCAUUUCUCUCACGACCAAACAUUCUUCAUAAACUACGCCAACUGGUGGUGUGGCAAAACGACCAAGGCAUCAGCUAUUAACAGUAUUUACACGGACCCUCAUGCUCCGAAGCGGGCCCGUGUCAUGGGUACCAUGGCGAACAGUCGCGAGUUCAGAGAGAGCUUCAAAUGUAAGGUGAAGGAGCCCACCUGCCAAUUGUGGUAG